AAGAAAGCGGAAGUUUUUCCAGAAUUCAGAUUGAUCACACCCACUGGGAGACCCACGUGUAUUAGCAGAAUCGGAGCCUAUUCAUGCUGAACCUUUGAAUGAAGGAUCCUAUACUUGGUGGCGUGGUAGGCAAUGCCCGGUUCCACUGUAAUGGCAAUUGGAGCGCUCUCUAGUUCAUUUCUUGUGACUUGUUGCCUGAUGUUUGUCCUCUCCAGCCCAACUAUUUAUGUAGAAAACCUAACAAAGGCACAGGAUCAGGAGGAAUGGAAAACUAGUCAAACAAAAAGAGACAAUGAAGGACGAGAAGCUCAAGGAGAGACAAAUUUUGAAAAAAAUUAUGAGAACAAAUUAGGAGGAAAUGAAACAAUGAAAGAAUGGAAAAGCAAAAUGAACAGAAGUCUUACCAACAAAGAUUUUGUAAAUAGGCAAAAACAAUCAUUAGGCACUCAAAGUCUGAGUAUCAAUUCUGGGAUCAUACCGACACAAGUACAGUCAGAUGGUGUACAGGAUGAACGUCUUGAGGAGAUUCCAGAUGUUGUUGCAACCCAGGAAACAGAGGAAUAUGUGUAUCCGGACUAUCGGGGAAAGGGUUGCGUUGAUGAGAGUGGAUUUGUAUAUGCUAUUGGGGAGAAAUUUUCACCAGGGCCUUCAGCUUGUCCUUGCCUUUGCACUGAGGAGGGGCCUCUUUGCAUUCAGCCAGAGUGUCCUAAGCUUCAUCCAAGGUGCAUUCAAGUGGAUACAAGCCAGUGCUGCCCACAGUGCAAAGAACGGAAGAAUUACUGUGAUUUUCGAGGAAAAACAUAUCAGUCCUUGGAAGAAUUUAUGGUAUCUCCCUGUGAGAAAUGUCGGUGCGAUGCCAACGGUGAAGUAAUGUGUACGGUGUCAGCAUGUCCUCAGACGGAUUGUGUGGAUCCUGUGUAUGAGCCAGAGCAGUGCUGUCCUAUCUGCAAAAAUGGACCAAACUGUUUUGCUGAGGCUACUGUAAUUCCAGCGGGACGGGAAGUAAAGACAGAUGAUUGCACUAUAUGCCACUGUACCUAUGAAGAAGGCACCUGGAGAAUUGAACGGCAAGCCUUGUGCACCAGACAUGAAUGCAAACAGAUAUAAUAAAGAACUUUUUAAGUAAAAAAAUAAAAUAAAAAGCUCAUCUGUCUCAUGGGCCUUUUGGCAAUGGACAAAGACAGUCUACAUUAAGAUGAUUAAAGGCCUGCUAUGGAAAAUAUCUGCUCCUGACACUGUAUUUUUUCAUAAAUUGUAAAAUAUCAGGAUUUUGCAGAAUUUCAAAUCUAGAUUUCUCUGAAUAAAUGUGUAUUUUUCACAUUAAGUACUUAACGACACUAAAUAAUCUAUGUAUCGCUCGACAUCCCUAAAAACCAUGAUGAUAAUAAAUGUUUUAUAUAGAUAA